GGGCCAUGCAUGCACACUGUGAAAAGGCAGCGAAAAAGGCCAGAUUCGCCAAGCGAGGGAAGUCUUUCCUCCUGGUUGCUAGAAGAGAGUGGAAAGGAAAAUUGUUUGUGAGUGGUGCUUAGCCGGCUAGCCCUUCUUAGCUCUGUUUUGGAGAGCAUAAUCUUUGUUUCAUACCGUCGCUGUCGUACUACUACUGGUUGCCAUGAGCAGCGAGAAGAUAGCCAAGAUGGAGCCGCAGCCGGUGCAGCCGGGCAUUGGACCGUUGGCGUCCCCUCCUCCAUCGUCAGGCCUUCAGUCGUCGCAACUGCCCCAGCAGCAGUCAACGUCACCAUCUUCGCAGCAGCGGCAACAGCAGCAUCUCGCCCAGCAGCAGUCGCCCAUCCAGCAUGCUCAGCAACAGCAGCAUCUCGCCCAGCAGCACUCGCCCAUCCAGCAUGCCCAGCAGCAGCAGCAACAACAAGCGCAGCAGCAGCAGCAGCAAAUGCAGCAGCUGUCACAAGCACAGGUGGUGCAGCAUAAGCCACAGGCGCUUCCGUCAAUGUCACCGCAACAGCUUCAGCAGCAGCAUCAACAACAACAGCAGCAGCGGCAACAGCAGCAGCAACAACAAGCAUUACAACAACAAUUGCAACAGCAACACCAACAACAACAGCAGCAGCAGCAACACCAACAACAACACCAACAACAGCAACAGCACCUUCACCAUCAUUCACAGCACCAGGCGUCACACGUUAGCCCUCCGAUGUCAAUCCAUCAUUUACCAGCUCAGCAAAGUCUACCUAUCCAUACUGGAUCGCAACACCAUCCCCAUCAUCAUCAAUGUACCUCGCCCACACCGAAAUCUGUGGCCAUGCCUACACCUACCAAGCAGAUCUCUAAUGAAGAAAUCCCGCCAAUGCACGCCAUUCGAGUUAGCACGAAAGGCUUCCGCCAGCGUUGGAACGGCCAGCAAUGGCGACGUCUUUGCGACGAGCCAACUUGCGUGAGGGAGGCGCAGAGAUUGUCGCUGUGUGCAAAGCACCAGCCCAUCAAGGAUUGGCGUCCGUCACGGCGUUCGGGUUCCACAUCGUCGCCGUCGACUAAGAAGUCUUCGCCGAAACGUGGCCAGCGCCGGUCGCAUCCUGUCGACUUCCAGACCGCACUGACAAUGCCCGGUGUAACGCCUCAUGCUAUGCCCUUGAACGACCCAAGCCUGUUCCCCGUAGAUGCCAACAACCUGCAGAUGUCGGUCGGCGAGCACGAGGAUCAGCUGGCGGCACCGAUGCACGCGCCAUGGGGGAACCCGAUGGGUGGCAUGCCCGGCUACGCUCCCAUGCCCAGCGCUUACCCUCAGCAGGGAUAUCCGUACGAGAACCCGGCCUUGCUGCAUUUGGCUGCCGAGCAGAUGGCCGCAGCUUGGUCCAUGCAGCAGCCACCGCCAUCGCACAUGCCAUCGCAGUACAUUCGGUGAUCAACACCGAAACAACACAAAACAAACUAUCUACACCUUCCCUGCUGCUGCACUGCUGUCAGCAUAGUCUGCUGCGUUGAAGGUGACUGUUGUCGUGUGUGCAGUUGGCAGGCUAGUUGCCCCCGGGACUGCAGCAGAUGUCACCGGCUGAUAGCGCUGGUCUGUUGUACUCUUUUCGUUGCUCAGCCUGUUGCUGUGCUCUGCUGUGUGGAAGUCAAGUAAGUCAUAUAAGUAAUGGAUCCGGACAGUCAACCACAUUAUAUUUAUGGAAUGUUGUUCCAAGUUCCCGUAACCUGCGUAUCCAUGCACCAACUUUUCCUUCGAUUUUCCUUCUCUGUUGUACCAGUGUUGUCUAGACGUUGCAUGAGCCUAUAUUCUCAGCAAACUUGGUCAUACCUAUUCAACUCUUUAUUGGCGUGGGCAAAAGAAACUCAGCCAAGACCGAUCACAGCUCUCUUUAUUCAUCUUAACAGUGUACCGAUGUCAUCUCCUCGCCCUCUAUCUUUCUCUUUCCUUCCUUUGUAUUUAUAUAUGACCCUUUUCUGAACACUGGUUUUUUCCAUAGCCACGACAAUACUUCACUUGAUUUUUGACUUUUUUUCAUAAAGGCUGUUUAGUGUAAAAUACGAGGCAAACUUUAGUUAGCUUGCUUCUGCUGGGCAUGUGUUUCAUGCUUGUUCUAAAAUCACUCUAUUUUCACAACAGACACGCGCACGCUGUCCUAUUCGCUUCACUUUCUUGAGCUCUUUCCUUGGGGAAAGCAGCUGCAUCAUCAUUUCCGUUUCUUUUCCUGUGCAUGAACGCCAUAUUUAUUGCACGUUUUUUAGAUUUAAAGAUGCAUUUUUACUUUAUCGCUGGAACAGAAAGAGCUAGUUUUGUUUUAAUAAUAUUUUUGCAUCCAAUAUUGUGUUUAGAAAAAUUUAAAUGCUAUCAGCAGAUCAUGGACAUGAAGUGAGGUUGUUUUGCUCUUGUCUUAGUUGUGAAAAUACUGUUGUAGUUGAAGUAUCGAUGAG